AGCCAACCAACCAGGAAGCGAAUGGCGGAAAUGUAGAUCUACCUCACGCUUUUAGUCAGGAUUUUUGGCGUAUUUUGUGUCUUGGAAGGAGCGAACCCUGAAGCAGGCAGCAGAUGUGUUCAGUUAGCAGCAGAAGGAGGCUCCAGUGACACAAUGCGGCCGCUGUGAUCCGCACCGUGAAUGGACAGAUGGACAGCCAGUGAUCCAGCUGAGACUGAGCGUCCUCUCGUUAACUAUAACACUGACGUAUGGGCCUGCUGCUCAGCUAGCUGAGGAAGACGGCCAUCAUGUUUCUGAAAACCUCCUUCACCACUCUGAUUGUGGGGGUGUUUGUGGUGUAUGUGCUGCACACAUGCUGGGUGAUGUAUGGGAUAGUGUACACCAAACCCUGUGACAGCCCCAAAGGAGACAACUGCAUCACACCAUUCCUGGCAGGCAACCCCAAACUGCAGUUGAGUAUCUACGCUUCGGUGAAGCCAAGCGCAGAUGGCGGCCAUACUCUGAUUCACAGAGAGGAGAACUUUGAUGUCAACAGCAAGUUUGAGAGAAUUGUCAAUGUUUCACUCCCGAAGAAAACGCGUAACAAUGGAACUUUAUAUGGAUUAAUAUUCGUCCAUCAGGCUGGCCUCAAUCCAUGGCAGGACCCACGACAGGUCCACUUAGUGGCUCAGCUCACCACCUACAUGGUCCCAAAGCCUCCGGAGAUCUCUCUGAUCUCUGGAGACGAUCAAACGCUGGAUCAGAAACAGGAGGAGCAGAAGAAGAUGAAACGUGACGAUAAACCUGCAGCAGGAACUGGAGCUAAAGGUGGAACCAGCGCUUCCUCAGACCAUCCAGUUUCUCACUGGCGCUCCCGUCUAACUCUCAACAUCGUCGGCGACCACUUCCUGUUCGACAGAGAAUACCUGCCAAGCGACGUUCACAGAUACCUCAGAGUAUUCCAGAACGGGAAGAAGAUGGUGUAUCUACCUCUGCUGUUUGUCGACGAGCUAAGCAACAGGGUCAAGGACCUGGUGGAGAUCAACAGCACCUCCACAGAGCUCCCUCUGACUGUCUCCUAUGACUCCAUUUCUCUGGGCCGCCUGCGGUUCUGGAUCCACAUGCAGGAUGCUGUUUACUCUCUGCAGCAGUUUGGUUUCACAGAAAAAGAUGCUGAUGAGAUCAAAGGGAUCUUUGUGGAUACCAACCUGUACUUCCUGGCUCUGACCUUCUUUGUCGCAGCCUUCCAUCUCCUCUUCGACUUCCUCGCCUUUAAGAAUGACAUCAGCUUUUGGAAGCAGAAGAAAAGCAUGGUGGGAAUGUCCAGCAAAGCAGUGCUGUGGAGAUGUUUCAGCACCAUAGUGAUUUUCCUCUAUUUGUUCGACGAGCAAACUAGUCUUCUGGUACUCAUACCUGCUGGGAUCGGCUCUAUAAUCGAAGUUUGGAAGGUGAAGAAAGCCUUUAAAAUCCAGGUUGUGUGGAAAGGAGGCAAACCAACAUUUGUGUUUGGGAAAUUAGACGAAUCAGAGCGAAGAACAGAAGAAUAUGAUACUCUGGCCAUGAAGUAUCUCUCAUACCUCCUUUAUCCCCUGUGCAUCGGAGGGGCAGUGUACGCGCUGAUAUUCCUGCGAUAUAAGAGUUGGUACUCGUGGUUAAUAAACAGCUUGGUGAACGGUGUGUAUGCCUUUGGUUUCCUCUUCAUGCUUCCUCAGCUUUUUGUCAACUACAAGCUGAAGUCUGUGGCUCACCUGCCUUGGAAGGCCUUCAUGUAUAAGGCAUUCAACACCUUCAUUGAUGAUGUGUUCGCCUUCAUCAUCACCAUGCCAACCUCCCACAGACUGGCAUGUUUCAGGGACGAUGUGGUUUUCCUAAUUUAUCUAUAUCAGAGAUGGCUCUACCCAGUGGACAGAACAAGAGUAAAUGAAUAUGGUAUUUCAUAUGAUGAGAAGCCCAAAGAAAAGACUCACAAGGACUAGAGGGAACAUGGGUGUUUUUUGCAGACUUCGACGAGCUGCUGCCUUCAGAUGUCAUCUUUUCUUCACCCAUAACCACAGAAAUGUUGGCAACAUUUGAAGGUUUAAUUGCUUGCACAUCAUUCCUCACUAACUGCUAAAAAACUUGAACAUCGGUAGAGAGCCAAUAUGUAGCCAGUAUUUGUCCACUCUGGGCUACUGUAGGAACCAUGCCAGGGCAUCUUGAUGGAUUUGGUGGAAGGGAAAACUUGUUAACAGAAACGUUAAAGGCUGAAACGUUCACGUUUUACUCUGAUUAAAAUAUAAAUCAGUUUCAUUACAGUUGAUCAAAGAAAUUACAGAAACGUACUCGUACUAACGUCCAAUGAGCUGAGUCUAAUGCAUCACUUUGUUGCAAAUGAACCAGAAUUUUCGUUAAAAUUCUGGUUCUAGCAGUUUUCGUUCUAGUGUGAAAUGGCAUAAAAAUCAACAAGCUAAAUCUGAAAAGCUAGCAUCAAAACGUAUGCAAAAAAAGUGUGUAGACUGGAGAACUGACUGCAUCUAAUCAAACACUGUGAUAUAAUCCACUACACUAACGGCUGUGAGGGCUUUACUAUCAUAUUUCUAUACCAGCUUACAUUCCACUGCAAAGGUUGUUUAGCUUAGAGUUUCAGGUGGAUUUUUCUAAUUUAAAUUUCUGUUAACUAAUCCUAGGAACAUGUUUCAGGCCACUUUGAAAGAUUACCUCAUAUGAUGCAUCCAAUGGGAGCAGUUUUUUUUUUAAGCCAAUCGUUUGAUUCAUAUCUUCCAUCAGGAAGAACCAACUGCUCUAUACUUAUAGUUAAAAACAUGCAAUAACUUUUUUACAGAAAACAUAAAAUAGAGGGUAAGAUUCAGUGGUUUAGUGUUUCAGUAAGAAAGUUUCAUUUUUGCAUUCGAGACAAAUGCAAAAAGAAACUUUGUUUUUUAAACGCGUCUUUUAUUGCAUAAUUAGAAUAUUCAUUAUAAAAACUUGAAUCAAGAAUAAUAUCGAUUUUAAAUGAACAAGCAUUGAAUUGGAAAAAAGUACAUAAUAGUUAUAUUUGUGAAAAAGUUUCUUCCUGUUGGCUUCUGUAAAAGCUGAUGUGGAGAUAAAGUUCUGAUGCAGAUACGGAAAAUGUAGGAUUUUAUGUAGGAGAGUUUCUGAAUGUUAAAGGAAUGAUUCGGUGUUGGAUUAAGAUGGGAUUCUGGUAAAAAACUGAGACCUUUCCUGGUGUCCUCUUUUAAGUCAACAACAAAUCGAACUUCUAAGUUAAAAAAAAAACAAGUAGAAUCUCAAAAGUCUUAUAGUGGUUUUUGCAGAUUGUAUUUUAUAAAACUUGUAAACCUUUGUUAGAUGUAUGUUAUUUAAGCCUUUUUAUGUAUUUUACAAUUGAAGACAGUUUUCCAUCAUUAGACUUCAUGUGUGAAUCGAUAAAUGCAAAGGACUUUAAAUUCAUAUUGACUAUCUAAUAUAAAAGUAAUGCAGAUUUCUCUUGCUUACUUUGAUGUAUGCAUGUCACAUGGGAAGUUUCCUUGAAGGAAAAACACCUCCAACCUCUUUUCCGGAUUAGACCAGGGUAACAAGGCAGUUUACAGGCUUAUAAAAUGGCAUUCACUUAAACUACUGUAAUAUUUUUAGACUGAUACUGGUUUCUGAUGAAAGAGGUUUUCUAAGACUUGUCCAGUCUGAAUCCCCACCAGCUUCUGUCUCUGAGGCCAACUAAUUUACAUGUUCAACAAGUAAUGCCACCAAGGUAGUUAUCUAAUGCAGGUUAGAUAAUAACUGCUUAUCUUUUAACAGAAUUCCGUUUUACAAUACUGAACUGUUCCUUUAAUGUUGGCAGGUUCAAUGUGUGAAGAUGAGUUUGGUUUUCUGUCCAUUGGUUAUGUUAUGGUUUAUUUUGCUAAAUAUAUAUAAGGGUACACUGACGUUCAUAAACCUUCUCAUUUUUUUUUUUCUGUACAUGUCAGGGCCAAGACAUUUUUGUGCCAAAUGCACGAGUGAUUUUUACUAAUUAUCUGUAAGCUUUGAAUGUGUGACAUAAAUGACCCAUCCAAUGUUUUUAAUAGACACUGAUGUUUUAGAGGGGAGAAUAUUGGUUGGAAAGUAUUAUAACACCUGGACCUAAAAAAAAAAAAAAAUAUCACGUUUUUACUCAUUUACUCCUGCUUAUUGUAAAUGUUCCUUUACAGUAUACAGACUCUAUUAGGAAUCAAUUUAUCCAUUCUUCAGAUAUCAAGAUUCUUACAGCAAGAAGGUAAAAAGAAUUGUUCUAAGCUAAUUGAGGCCAGAAAAGAUUUUCUGGAAUUUUGCAUUGAAAUUGUUUGACAUUAUUGCAAUGUUUUUGUUUUUCAUUGAAAUGUAAUAAAAAUGAUGAAUGAUAAAAUAA